GUCCUCCGUUCGGCCCUCGUCCUCCACCUUCUCACCGCCGCGGCUCUCCUCCUUCUCCUCGCGGCCGGCUCGCUCGCCGCGCAGACCAUCGACCGGCGCUACUUUGGCGCGUCGCUCGCGCAGCUCGACUUUCUGCAGCUGCCCGUGCUGGGCGAGCUGAGCGGCGAGCUGAGCGGCGCUGAGUGGACGGACGAGCGCGCGCUGCUGCCCUGGAUCGGCGUCGACCCGCCCUACUUGCUCGCCUCGCUCUCGCUCAUCGGCCUCAGCGGAUUCCUCACCCUCGGCAUGAUGGGACCCGUGCUGUGGCACCGUGGCCAGCACGAUUCGGUCCUCGUGCUCGUCAUCGUCGUCGGCAUCGUGCGCACCUUUUGGCUCAUCUAUCUCGGCGUCACGCGCGUCUCCGGGUCGCUGCUACAGGAGGCGGAGCGCCUCGUGGUCGACGUCGGGGUCCCGGCACCAGUCUGUCGGCCAGCCCGGGCGGCGGCGGCGGCGGCGGCGCCGGCCGCGGCCGCGGCCGCGGCGCCGGCCGCGGCGCCAGCCGCGGCGAUGGCGCCAGCCGCGGCGACGGUGCCGGCCGCGGUGGUAGCCAGACCGGCGGAGGGAACGGCGCCGGCAUCCGGGCUGGCCGGCCCAGUGGACGCAUCGGCGGCGGCUGUAGCGGGAGGGGAGAAGGCGGUGGCUGCUGCAGCGACGAGUGAAGCCACUGUCGACGCCAGGGCUGCUUCGGCCGCUUCUGGUGCGGCUGACGAAGAUGGGACUGGAGAUGACGGGGAGAGGUCGCCGGUGGCUAGUGGCGGUGGGCUCCGGCAGCGGGUGCGAGCCAGCGGCAGCCGGUGCGGCGAGGCAAGCGGGGUGGCUGGAAGCAGUGCCAUUGGGAGUGGUGCUGGUGGGGCUAAGGGGUGAGUUUUGGAGCU